UGAAAAUUGUCCAGUAUAAGUUACACAUUUUGAUCCGUUCAAAAUUUGUUGUUAAUUCUAUAUUUUGUUGUGUUUUGUGAUUAAAUUUCUUUGUAACAAAAUUCAAAUUUAAUUUUUGGCAAAAUUGAACCAAUUUUUGCUUUAGACAAUGAAGGGAAUUAAAAUCAUGCCUUUAGUGAUUACCAGUAGUUCAGAUGAAAGCGAAGGCGAAGAAGUGAUCAUUACUCCUAUUACCAAAAAACCUGACUUUUCGGAAUAUAUGUGGAUGGAAGGUGAAGAUGAUUUUGAUAAAAAGGAAUUGCAAAAACUUAGCGAUGAAUAUACCAUAAUGCAGUGUAUUAAGUCUGCAUUGGAAGAUGAUUUAGAGGUGGAACUAAUCAAAUGGCGCAAUUCAGAAGCUUUAGAUAAUGGUAGUGCCAAUGUCGAAGUCUUAAUAUCUGCGCUUUACACUUUGGGAAAGCGUGACUUUAAUGUUUUCACCUCAAGUUUAAAUCCUAAGGCUCAGGAAUUUAUUCCUCGUGGCCCAAAAUACUAAAAAAAUCCUUUAUAAUGUCGAAAACAACCACCUGGGGAUACUUAAAAAAUGGUAAGUUCGAUGGAAUGAUUGGAGCCCUAACACGAAAUCAAGUGGA